CGCUGUGAUAUAACGUCUGCUCCGUUUAGGGUUCCGCAUCCAAAGAAUGAAUACGGAGCCUUAUUAAAAAGCCUUCAAAUGUCCAUACGUCCAACGGACAGCGGGUUUUAAUAAGAAUUAACUGUGACAGACAGUAGUUGACAGUUGCAAUUUCUAUAGAAUUUGUAUUUCUACCGUCGAUAUAACGUCAAAUAAAAAUUUAAGGGGCCGUGAUUGUUUUGACAUUUUUGCUUAACCUAGUGUUAAAAAUUGUACAAAGGUACAGAAUCCUUUAUGCGCUGCGAGUUGGAUUUGCUCUUGCCCGGUUUUUAUUUAUCAAUAUCUUGUAUAUAUUAGUAAAAAAGGUUUUUCCUAAACAGACUGUAUCGCUCAUGCCAGUGUAACUAUUUCGUGUGUUUAAGCGGUAGUAUAGAACUGUGAUAUUUCUUAACUUUAUAUAAAAAUGUCGUGUGAAAAAAAUUCGGCUCUACAAUGCGGUGCCAGUGAGAUGAAGGCAGAACAAACAGCAGGACAUACCUAUGUGCAGUGGAUGGUUUCAAUUCUGGCUGCAUCUACGUUACUGAACUAUGGUCUACAAGGUGGCUGGAUUUCGCCCAUGACUAAGAUAUUGCAAUCCGAAGCAUCACCGGCUGGCAAACCUCUCUCAGAUGCUGAAAUCUCCUGGAUAGCCAGUACGUUGUCAAUAGCAGCUGUAUUCGGAGUUCCACUGUAUACCUACAUAUCAGAUGCGUAUGGCAGAAGACCAGGAGUUAUAGCAAUGGCUAUACCGCAGGCAAUGUGCUGGGCAAUAAAAUUGAUAUCAAGCAAUGAAACAGUUUUAAUAAUAGCGAGGAUAUGUGCUGGUAUACCAGCAGGUGGUUGUUUUAACCUAAUCCCAAUGUACAUCAAGGAAAUAAGCCAAGACAGCACAAGAGGCAAAAUGGUGUCUCUCUCCAUGAUAUUUCCAAAUAUUGGAUUACUGACGAUGUACUCCUUGGGAGCGUAUUUUGAUUACUACACUGUACUUUGGAUUGCACUUAGUAUUUCUCUAGUAAGCGUUGUAUUUAUGUGGUUAGCACCCGAAUCCCCGGGAUUUCUUGUAAAGAGAUGUAGACUUGAGGAAGCUGCAAAAACCAUAGCCAUGUUGAGAGGAUUGCAUCAACAUGAUAAAAUAGUUCAAACCGAAAUUGAACAAAUGAAAAAUGAAGAAGCUCAUUUCGAUAAGGUUGAACGUAUAACGUUUUUAAGCAUAUUCAAAAACAAAGCCUGGUGUCGUGGUUUCAUUCUAUGCACAAUCCUUAUGAUAACAUUGGAUAUGAACGGAUAUUACACAAUAUUCACGUUCGCGUUGAAGAUUAUGACUGAAUCGGGAAUCACUGCCAACCCCGAACUUCAAACUUUGAGUAUUCCAGUACUUAUGAUCAUCGGUUCGCUCUUUUCUAUGAUCUGCGUGGAAAAACUAGGAAGAAAGUUUUUAUUAGCCGGAGCAUAUAUAAUAUCGGUGCUGUCAAUUUCUUGUUUGGCUACGAUAAUGAUGCUACAGCAGACCGACAUCACGGUGCCAAGCUGGAUGCCAGUAGCAGCCAUAGUCACCACCGUGUGGGCGUACGCAGCUGGCAUAUUGCCUAUGACUUAUGUCGUCAUGGCUGAAGUUUUCAAUUUCCAGGUAAGCAGGAUCUAGAAUGUGAUUUAAAUCAUCUCAUUGAACUGGACUCGACACAACACUGCUAUUUGGCUGCAGUGUUCUACAAAUUAAAGAAUUCUAUCCCUUGCGAGCGUUAAAAUUUGAUUUAUUUCUUUGCUUUUUAUUCCUUUUAAAUUUUAUCUACACUAUAAUAUUUAACGAGUUUAGAAAGUCACGUUAUUUGUGAGUAGGCUAUAUAUUAGCUAGAAAAAUGUAGACUUUUUUGUGGUAAUCAUAUUUGCCAAGUAAGUUGGAGAAAAAACGGUCGAACGAAAGCAAAGGAAUACAAUUUUUUGUGUCCACGCAAGAGAGAUGGCGACUAAAGCAUUCUAAGUAGCUUCUUCUUCAAUCCUUAUAUUCAUACGCCAAAAUUAAAAUAAAUCCUCCUUAUUUGUGUUCUUGGGCUUUAACAUAUGGCCGGACAAAAAGUGACGAAAAUGUCACUCUUAAUUUUUAAUUUUACAUAAGUUUUAGUGUACUUUUAUGGCGUGUGUAAAAAUAUAAUGUACUAUAAGUUUAAGCUGGCUGACUAGGUAUUACGGUUCAUACCAAAGCCCGUUCAUGAUACACAGACAAACUGACGGACAACGCAGUGCUAAUAAUAGGCUUUCAUUUGUUACCCUUUGAAUGCGAAACGCUUUACAAUAUGUAGAUGCGUGGGUAGGCGACAGUUUAUGUGACUCAAUGCCCUCGUGAGAUGCUGCGGUUAAUCGUUGGAUGGGAGCGGACAUCCGAGCUACCAGUAGCGUCGUUCGCUCGGGGUCUACGCCCUGUGUUACAAACACAUGUUAAGGCAGUAUCUAAAAUACCUACUGAAAUUAGAAAAUAACAAUAAUUAGAGUCAAAUUGGGGAAAGUGUAACUUAGUCAAUCGAUGAUCAGAUAGGUGACCAAAAAUUGUUUGUUUUGAGCUCCUCCUUGCGCCACACCAAGUUGUUGUUGGUCUCGGCUGUAUUUACAGCCAUUGACUCCCUCCAAUCCAUACUGGGCCCGUCUGAUGGUUGUAGCCCCUUCUCUCUAAUUCAUCAUAGGAAAUAUAAGUGGCUAAACUAAUAGUCUGAUAAUGAUAAUAACUUUGAUGUUUAUAUCUUUUGAUUUGACUGAAUACCCUUAUCUUUAAUUUUUUAUGUUUCUAUUUAAACUAAAAUUUAAGAAUCUAGACAUAUUUUUAGGUUUUUGUGAGAUGAUUCUAAUAUAUUUUCCUUAAGCUGUUCAGGACAUACAAAGGGCAAGUUCCUACCUUUACCCAGCAAAUAUUAAACAUCUAAUCACAUAAGGAAAUUUCAAAAUUAGCAACCUCUCUCUCUAUUGAUUUCUUUAGUAUACAUAUCGACGUCAUAUUUGGAUUUGGCGUAUUAAAAUCAAUUAUCUUGCGUUUUUACAAAGUGGUCUAUGUGUCUUUUAUGUAAAUAAAAUUCAAUCCUUGUUAAUUUUUUUGCAGGUUCGAGCUAAACUUCUUGGACUCAUCGUAACGUUCGGCUGGUUCGUUUCCUUCGUCCAACUGGCGAUCUACGGCGCUGUCUCAGUACUAGACUUGCACACCAUCUUCUACAUAUUCGCUAGUAUCAAUGUAAUAGGAGCGGUUGUAUCUUUGCUCUUCCUCCCAGAGACAAAAGGCCGAAGCGUAGAGGAGAUUGAGCAUUUGCUACUUGGAAGAAAGAUUAAUUAGUUUUAAGCCUUUCCAAGUCAGGAGAAAUUCUGACUUAGGCAACCCGCGCACUGGGCGGCCAUGACCCGUUGCUAUAACCCUGAUCGCAAAAGAGAGGGGAGUUGGGAUGGCACGACUAAGGCCAUCCUCUCACGCAAAAUAGGCACCUGGUGUCGAGUUGCGGAAAACACCCCCGUUAAGAAGAAGAAGAAGAAGAAGAGAGGGUUGGGCUGCGGCUGGUCAUAAAGCGGCCAUAGUGCUGGUCAUUUCUUUAUUUCAUUAAUAAAUAACUCUGUAUGAAGGAACGAUACGAACACUCACGAACUGUCUGCAUGAUACUGAGAAUGGCUGGUCGAUUUCGCGGUCGCAGAUCUAGUGCGCGUUUGUUCACAGAAAACUUUACGUAAGUUGGCCGCAACGACCAAUGUGCGACCAAUUGACCGUUGCGGCCAUGUGCGCAACGUUCAUAUGCUUUCUUUAGUUAAUUUAGAGUGGUAGUAGCAGCCUAGUGCGCGAGGUGCCUUAUAAAUUAUCUCCAUUCAUGAUUUAAAUAGCCCGGUCGUUAUUAUUUCAACGGCCCAUUAUAUUAACCAAACAUGAUAAAUACGAUGAAUAUAUGGACAGUACGGUUUAUCUGUUGAUGUUGUUUUUUUAUUUGAAUAUAUUUCAUCUCAUAUUAAUCGUGAUUUAUUGUAAUCAAUGAAACAUAUAUAUGAUAUUUGUUCUUUAUUUAUGAACUGCGAAUAAAACGUUUAUGUUCAUUAAAUAACUACCCAAACCUAUCUAACGUUUGAAUCCAAAACUUUAAGAACAGAAGGCAGCUCCGCU